AUGAGGAUCCAGUCUGUCUGUCUGCUGCUGGUGUUAUUCUCUGCCACUGUGCUGUCUCUGGAUUUGGACACCAAAGGAUCGAAGCUAGAGGACACCACACAGCCACAGCCAGAUAGGAACAGGCCAUACUCAAAGUCAGGAACAGAAGGCUGGUGCAUCUACCGGGGUAGACACAAGGAGAGGAGGUCAAAAGCAAGCAUGGUCGAAACCAGGGAAUCAGUCCCUGAAACAGUGCUGGAAGGAUGCACCGUCGAUCACAUCUUUGCAAUAAAGACUGUUGAUGUUGGACAAAAUGUGACUCUGACAUGUAGCCGCCAGAAAUCCUCGCAAUCAACCUUAUUUUGGAUCAGGCUUGUUUCUGGAACUUUUCCUGAAAUUUUAGGUGGAGCAUAUAACUUUGAUUAUGAUGUUGUUGAUCAAUAUAAUCAUCAUAUUACAGCGAAACAAGGGCCUGGAACAUUUGUUCUGCAUAUUACUGAAACGCAGUUAAGUGAUACUGCAGUCUACUACUGUAUAGAAGUGAGAAAUACCCGUAUGACAUUUUUGAGUGGAACAUUUCUCAGAGUCAAAGGACCAGAACCUGAUAUCACAGCCAUCACUCAGGACAUUCAAUCUGAUCCAGUCAGUUCUGGAGACUCUGUGACUCUCCAGUGUUCAGUGCUCUCUGAGUCUGAGAGUAAAAGGUGUCCCGAACACAAAGUGUUCUGGUUCAGAGCUGGAUCAAAUGAAUCUCAUCACAGUUUAAUUUUCGCUCAUGGAAACAGUGCUGAUGAAUGUGAAAAGAGUCCUGAGGCUCGUUCACCAAAGAAAUGCGUCUACAGCUUCUCUAAGAACGUCAGCUCCUCUGAUGCUGGGACUUAUUACUGUGCUGUGGCCACAUGUGGGGAGAUAUUAUUUGGAAAUAGAACAAAACUGGACAGUAAAGCUCCAGUUAUCAUCAGGAGUGAUUCACAGAAGGCCAACAUGAUUAUCUACCUGCUGUGUGCUGCUUUGGCCAUAAAUCUGGUUGUAACAGCCAUUCUCACAUACUGCAUCAAGAGGAAAUCUUGUGAUUGUUGUAACGCUACGUUACAGACCUCUGCAGAGAGUUAA